AUGAUAGGGACUUCGAAGCCCGAAUACUACUUUAUACUGGUGUGUAUUAUUGGAUUACACUACCUAGCUCCCAUCGCCCUCCUUUAUACCCUAAUAAAUCUCAUUCUUCAUGGCUUCAAUAUCAAAGCAACUGCAUACGGAGUGCCACUCAUCAUAGAAAUUAUAGCUGUUGCCGAAUCCUUGUUCUUCCUCUGCGUUUUCCUACCAUACAAGUCCUACCUUCAGCGCGAAGCCAAGCAUCCAAACCCCCCAAGUCGCGAUGAGCGAGAGGAGCUGUUCAGAUUAUGCAACGAGAACAUCUCGGAUCCUGAGGUCUAUUUGCGGAAGUGGUUUCUGGGGGCAGAACUGGAAGACAUCCGAAAAGACAAUGUGAAGGAGUUCUUUUUAUGGGCAUUUUUCAACCGUGGGGGUCCACCAGGAGAUGACGAGGAUGAAUUGGACGAGAUGGUCUCCGCGACAGAAACACUCCUUGGGCAGCCGAUAGAGGAUGGUAGAGGAAGCGCAAAGUGCUUGCGAUUGACAUUGGAUGAGGUGAAAAUGCUACAUCGAAGCCUGGUCUGGUAUAUGUGUGUUGGGUUUGUUGAUUUCCUUACAUAUAUGAAAUUGCUCUACCACGGCUUCCACUUUCACCGCACGAAACUGACACGAUUUUUCACUCUGUUCCCGUUUCGAUGGCAAUCUCUCUUCACAAAGUACCACUCUCCGGCGAAGCAUACCACAUAUUGGCAUCGUCCUCACACAUCAACGACGAGACUCCCCGUAGUUUUCGUCCAUGGUAUAGGAAUUGGCUAUUAUCCAUACACCAAUUUUCUUAAUGAGAUUAAUUCAACUGCUGGGUUGGGUUCCAACGAUCCAAACGAGCAAAUAGGAAUAAUAGCAAUCGAGAUCAUGCCUGUCGCUUUUAGAAUUACACAUCACGCCUUGUCUAAAGAUGAGCUAUGCGCCGAGAUUGAUCAAAUUCUCCUCCAGCAUUUCAGUCCGAGUCAGAAGUUCGUCCUUGCGAGCCACUCGUAUGGAACCGUGAUCUCAACCCAUUUAUUGAAAACUCCUUCUAUAGCAAAGCGGAUUGGCCCCAUCUUAUUGGUAGACCCGGUCUCGUUCCUUUUACACUUACCAGACGUCGCAUACAAUUUUACCCGCCGGCAACCCAAACACGCAAAUGAACAUCAACUAUACUACUUUGCGAGUAUGGACAUAGGUGUUAGCCAUACCUUAAGUCGACACUUCUUCUGGAAUGAAAACAUUAUAUGGAAGAAAGACCUUGAGGGCCGGAAGGUGACGGCCAGCCUUAGUGGAAAAGAUCUCAUUGUAGACACAUUGGCUGUGGGCAGAUAUCUAGGUGGCCGCUCGGAAUCGACCUUUAGUGGCUACACAGACGAAGAACCCGAGCCGGUCAGUCUUGAUCGCUCCGACAGUGAACCCUCAUUGCUCAGAUUAAGAGGCGGCGGCGCGGAUUCUGUCGAACCGCAUGAUGAUUGGAAAUAUAGAACUUGGAAAGGGACCGGCAUUGAGGUUAUGUGGCACAAAGACCUUGACCACGCCCAGGUUUUCGACAAUGCAACUUGCAGACGAAAGCUGAUAUCUGUGCUUCGCGCUUACUGCGAAAGUGGCUGA